AGGGGAGCGGGCUGGAUGCAAAGUUCUCCAUACAGGCUGCAGGGCCGGUCGCUGUGGGUGAGGCCCAGUGCAUGGCGGUCAGGCGGCGGACUCGGCCCUCCACAGUUCUACCACAGAAAACAGCCUUAGAUGUGGAAUUAAUGUCUGAGAAGUCACCAUCAGAGCAGAAUGGAGAGCUUGGGGCUACCGGCAGUGACCCUUUCUGAAGGGACAACAGCCUUUGUUCAGCAAGAUGACAGUGAAGAAAAGUUAAUUGAAGGGCAGGUGAUUGAACUUGAAGAUGGAUCCACAGCCUUUGUACAACAUGUUACAUUGCAAAAAGAGGCUAUCAUGUUUGAAGAUGGUCAGCCAGUGGCACUGGAAGAUGGUACCAUGGCAUUUAUACAUCAUGCUCCCAAAGAGGGUUAUGACCCCAACACCCUGGAAACAAUCCAGCUGGAAGAUGGAUCCACAGCUUUUAUACACCGUCCUGUUUCCAUGCCAAUGGGCCAUACCAUCAUGGCAGUACAAACAGAUGUUGGGCUGGAAGAAUUGGCCAUUGGAGAGAAAGAUGAAAACUUUGAUCUUGAUACUGUUUCUGUCCUCAAGGAUUACAAGGUCUGCGAGGAAGAGGAUGGAAUGGCAAGCAUCUGUCACUUUCAAUCCAGCGAUUCCUGCAAUGUUAUUUCACAGCAGGGCUUCCAGGAGGAGGAAGUGAAGAGCAAUGGGAAGGGACCAAAGGUUCCUGAGAGAGCAUAUCGUUGUGAAUACACUGGGUGUAGCCGCCUCUUUACCACAUCCCAUCAUUUGAAGGUGCAUGAGCGUGUUCAUACAGGUGAUCGUCCAUAUAGAUGUGACUUCUCAAGCUGUGGAAAAACCUUUGCUACAGGAUAUAGCCUAAAAAGUCAUGUGAGAACCCACACGGGUGAGAAGCCAUACAAGUGCCCAGAAGACUUAUGCACCAAAGCCUUCAAGACCUCGGGAGACCUGCAGAAACAUAUCCGGACACACACUGGUGAACGGCCAUUCAGAUGCCCCUUUGAAGGCUGUGGUCGCUCUUUCACCACCUCCAAUAUACGCAAAGUCCACAUCCGUACGCACACUGGUGAACGGCCAUAUAUGUGCCCUGAGCCUAAAUGUGGAAGAGGGUUCACUAGUGCCACCAACUACAAGAACCAUAUGCGAAUCCAUACUGGGGAAAAGCCAUAUGCAUGCCUGGUCCCAGGCUGUGGAAAACGCUUUACAGAAUAUUCCAGCCUGUACAAACACCAUGUGGUUCACACGCAUUGCAAGCCAUACACCUGCAACACUUGUGGCAAAACCUACCGCCAGACAUCUACGUUGGCUAUGCAUAAGCGCACCACACAUGGGGAGGUGGAGGCCACAGAGGAGAGCGAACAGGCUCUCUAUGAGCAGCAGAUGGGAGCAACUACUGUUGAUAAAAGUAUGACUCUGCUGAAGCACCAGUGUAUUGUUUCUGUGAAGCUGGAAGAGGAGGAGGAGGAGGAGGAGGAAGAUUGCAUGUCUACACCAGUGGCUCUUGUAUCUCAGGGUGGAGUUGAACAGGUUACCAUAGUCACUUCUGGGACAAUCGUAUCUAAGGAUUCAUCCAGUCAUGACCAGCAGUUGGCAAUGCUAGCAGUGGCUAAUGGCACUCACAUUGCAGUACCGGUAAUAUAUAAGGGCAUCCUAUUUCAAGUUGGAUUAUAUCUCUUGAGUGUGUCUCUGCAUCUCCUUUCUACCAAUAAAAUAAAGGUCCUUCUAUGUCUAUUUUGUUAGUGUGUGGUCUAGCUUUUCCUGCUACUCUAGGCUGAAACACUCCUUUUCAGAAAGCUACAAAGAAAUGGAAGGAAAGCCAGACUUAGAUACUCAUGCCUGGCAGGUGACACACCACCCCUGGAAACCUCAAUUGAUCAGGUUGAACCCUGAUUCCUGGAAUGAGCCUGCUUCUGAUCUUGUUGGGUCAAGUGGUAUUAGGGCAUGUGCAUUCCCAUGCAUCUGCUUUGGUUCAAACAUUGAUUUGCAGUUAUUUUCAUUUCACAACUUAACCAGUUUUUCCCUGUGCACCUACACACACACACACAAACCUUAGAAGAAGAAUUUCUGUGGUCAGCAUUUUCCACAUUACAUACUGCUCAUAUAAUUUGCUUUUUGAGCCUUGAUGCAGUGUGUGACUAUUGUUUUCAGUUAGAUAGAAAGCCACAGAUUGUGGUUGUUACCUGUCACCAAGUUGUCUCUAACUUAUGGUGACCCUAUAAAUGAAUGUUUUCCAGAAUGUCCUAUCCUUGACAAUCCUGCUCAGCAGUUGUAAACUCAAGGCAUCUCCUAGUUGGCCAGUCUCUCUUGCUUCUGUCUUCAGUUUUCCUUAGCAUUAUUUUCUUUUUCACUGAGUGUUGUCUUUUCGUGAUGUGCUUGAUGUACAACAAGUUCGGUUUAUCACUUCUGCUCCCAUGAAAAGUUCUGGCCUGAUGUGAUUUGGGGUUCUCUUCUUCCUCUUUUUGUCAGCCUAAUGUAUUCACAAAGCGCUGCUCCACCAUGCAUCCACCUCAUCAUUUUUUCCCAUCAGGUUUCUUCAGCGUCCUGCUUUCACACCCAUACAUAAUGGUUCGGAAUACAACAAUGUGGAUGAUUUUUGCCUUGGUUUCCUAUGAAGCAUCCUUGAACUUGAUUAUCUUUUCUAGUACCUUCAUUGCUCUCUUUCCAAGUCUCAGUCUUCUUCUUAUUUCUUGGUUACAGUCUGCCUUCAAAUUGAUAUGACUGCCAGCCGUCAUUGCUACCUUUCUCUGUGCUCCCCCUAAAAGAGGAGUGUGCAUUAUUAAUUCUUCAGGAUUCUUGUUUGCACCACCUUAGUGUACCUCCCCUCAAUGAAAAACCCUGCCGUGUCCCUUCUUACCCUUUUGCUAUGUUUUCUGCAGCACCACGGCUGCAAGCAGCACUCCUACUGCAGUGCAGUGGCAUGGCAGCUGAACUAGGAUUGAACUCCUGCUCAAGCAGCUUCCUUUUGGUAAUUCUACAUGUAUCUACAUGCACAAAGCAUUUCUCUAUCAGAACAAAUGGGGAAAACCUUCAUGGAGGGCUCGUUCCUCCAAAAUACUGUAUCAUUUUUUAAAUGGAAAAGGUUCUUGUCCAUGAAGUCAAUCAGAAUAGGACUGUCAUGCUUAUGUCAUGUUAUACAACUGUGAGGGCACCCACCAGCUGGCUCAAGUUUAUUCUGGACUGAGGGGAUGCCCAGUAGCUGGCUGCAGUUACUCCCAAAAGAAUGAAUUCUGCUGCGAGUGAUAGAAGCGAAAAAACUAUUUCACCUGUGCAGGUAAGCAACUUGUCGUAUUGGAGGCACCAAUUAACUACACCCUCUUUCUUCACUUCUCAUCUUUCUACUGCUUUCUUUUCCAAAAAACGUUUGCUGUAUAUUUGCACAGUGUGAAGAAGGAGUUCAGGGGCAGGGUCUUGGCAGAAAUUGUUUCAGGGGUGGGGUUGGAUAAUCUAGGCCAGGGGUCGGCAACCUUAAACACUCAAAGAGCCAUUUGGGCCUCUUUCCCACAGAAUAGAAAACACCGGGAGCUGCAAAACCCUAUUGACAUCUAAAAUGAAGAUAAUGCAUAUAUCGGUUUUUACCUUUAUGCUAUGUAUAAAAAAAUUAUAGUGUGUUGCAUUUAUGAAAUCGAUGAAAGAUUCUUUUAUAUAAUGUCCAUCUGUGAACAUCUUGCUAUGCCUGACUAUUUCCUGAGAGGCCACAAAACUAGCAUAUGUAGUUGAAUUUGCAGGCUUGGUCCACUUCUUGAAAUGAUUCUUGCUCAAAUCAACCUGUCGCAUCAGUUCUGAAAUGGCUUUUUUUCUCUCAUCUCCAUCCGGAUAUUUUUCAGC